AUGGCGACCGCGCGCGUCCCGCCGCCGGUCGGCGCGACGUCGCGGGCGAGCGACGCGAGCGACGCGAACGCGAGCGACGACGCGCGCGUCGCGACGCGACAUCCGUGUCAAACCCUGGUCCUCGACGACGGCGCGACGGCCGGAUGCGAGUUCAACGUCGGGCGCUGGGACCCGGUGCAGCAGAGCGCGUUCGCGGACGACAGGCCGUGGCGCGGCGUCGAGCGAUUCUUCAGGCGGUGCGUGCGAGGCGACGCGUGCCUGCGCGAGCUCGGAUUGAGCGCGGCGGAAAUCGUGUUCGCGAGCGGCGACGACGCGGGCGCGAGCGGGGGGCGAAGACGCAGGGAAGGACGAAGGACGUUCGCGGCGAAGUGUACGUAUCACGGGCCGUCGUUCGCGGGCUUCGCGUGGAACGCGUCGAGGGAUUUCGCGUACGACGGGACGUUCGAGCCGGGGUGCGCGUCGGUGUCGGCGGCGUUGCAGUUGGCGCUGCGACCGGUGUUGGAUAAGACGCGCCCGACGCCGUCGGCGGGGAGGACGGAUCGCGGCGUGAGCGCGCUCGCCAGCUGCGUAUCGCUUUGGAGCAAGUCGGACGCCAUCUCCGCGGCGGAGAUUGAGCGGUUGGUGAAUGAGGAUUCAGCGCCGGGCAAAGCGGGUCUGUUGCGCGUGUCGGACGUGCGCGAGACGGGCUCGGCGUUUCACGCGACAUUCGCGGCGAAGAGUCGACGGUACGUGUAUUGCUUGCCGAAGAAUCAGGCGUUUCGCGAGUCGCGCACGCCGAAGGCUGAUUUGGACGCGCGCAUCAUCGAUCGAAUCUUAGCCGCGCUCGUGCGCGAGUGCGCGAACGCGCCGAUCGAUAUGCACGCCUUCGCGCGAGGCACGCCGCCUGGGAAGAGUUCCGUCGUCACGUUUCGCGUCGCGAGGGCGUUCGAGGCGAAAUUGCCUUCGCCGCCCGGCGACGGCGCCGACAGCGACAACGACUCCAAAGUCACCGCCGGCGUUCGGCGCUCGAAAAGCCGAAACGACGCUCACGACGACACCAUCGACAUCACCGACAUCGACGCCGACGAAGUCAUCGUCAUCGAGCUCGUCGCAGACCGUUUCUUGCGCAAGUUGAUUCGCUGUCUCGUCGCCACGACGAUUCGCGAAGCCGCCGUCUUCGCCGGCGACGACGACGUCCUGCUCAGAAUCGCCCGGUCGCGCGAGCGUCGGGCCGCGGCUCCGCCCGCACCGGCUUUGGGCCUCGCGUUCGCCGGUGUGGAGUACGAUUAA